AUGGUCGACAUACCAGUAUGUGCUGUCUUUAUGGUCCUUUACAUAGUUGCUGGUGCUUUGCACAUGGGAACUUUUCAGAAGAACAAGAAGGCCGGAAAGAAAUUCAUCUUUGGCGGAAUGAUGUUUGGUAUCGCGGCGCAGGUCUUUGUCAACAUUGGUGUCGUCUUGCUAUACUUUGUCAACCUCUUCUUCACACAGCGCAUCGUCAGAGCUCAACAUCCCAACUUUGGUUGGAGCAAGGCUUUCUCACCACUGAUUCCUAUGAUAUGCGUCAUCACCGUCUUGACAAUCAUCGCGCUAAUAGUUGGUGUCAUUCAAUCCUUCUACACCCUGGACACCAACAUCCAUCGCAUUGAUCGAAUCAUUGAGCUUUAUGGAUCAACAGCAUUCUCCGCUAUCGCCUUUGCUCCCAUCUUCAUUGUCACCCUGUCGACACUCCUUCGAAUGGUCCCGGGCAUACGCGGUCAAAAAGCACAGGACAAGUUUGGAGAAGGCAAGAUGAGCACAAAGAUUAUCAUCGUACUGGCAAGCUCGGCCCUUCUGACUCUUGCCGCCUCCAUCAAGGCCGGCACUGGUUAUUUGCCACCCAUCGCUCUAGUUGACAACAGCAAUCCCUCGAUAACCGAACCUACUCCCUGGUACUUCAACCGCGGCAUAUUCUACGCCUUUGGCUUUGGAGUUGAGAUCAUCAUCUUGUUCUUCUUCAUGGCCGUCAGGGUAGACAAACGCUUCAUCAUCCCAGACGGCGCCAAAGGACCCUACAGCUACGGCGGCGGCUUCGUCUUUGCAGGCGAAAGCGGAAACGAAAAGUCCAAGUUGGGCCAGCGCGACUCUACCCGCAAUCUCACAGGCAGUUCGCAAUCGUUGCAGUCAUGGGGCGGAUCGACCCGUCGUGGCAAGAGUGGUGCUCCGUCCAUCAUCAGUUGGGGUGGUAUCAGUCAAGCGGAUACUGAAAUGGGCAUCGGCGAGGAUGGUAUCGAGCCUGUGCCUUAUGUGACUGUUGACGACGGCGGAAUCGCCAAGCCCGCGAGCAUUGGAGGUGCUGGACAGGAGAUGGGCUGGGAUUCAAAAUCUGGCAAGUGGAAGCUAAGACCCGUCUCCACCAUGUCGGCCGUCUCGACCGCUACGCCAGUAUUGGCCAGAGAGGAUGUCUAA